CAAUAAUACAAAAAAAUGGAAUGAACCAUGGAAGAAUAGCAGACUUUUUAUUUGUAUUUUCGCAUUUAUCAUAUAAAUUCAUGAUUCCAACAAGAAACUCAUUAUCUUCUAGGCAAUACGUCUUUGAUGUUACUCUUAUUACAUGUGAUCUAAUCGGAAAACCGAUAACAAAAGCGCAUAAGCAUCGUCCGAAUUCUAAAAUACUAAAUGAUGCAUAUAUUUUAUCAAAUUAUCAGCGUGAAAUUGAACUCUAACAAUUAGCGAUAGCAGGUCGAAGUGAUUCAUCAGGUCGCCUCUUCACGUGAAUCAAGAUGCGUUUGAAUAAGUGGGUCAGAGUUUGUAGAACAGGAAUGGUUAGGGCAAUCCACGCGAUAGCUUUUGCUUCUUUACCUGCAUUUGGUGAUCAUGUAGUUCUGCAGGGGUGCCUGGAUAAAGUAACGUUGACGUCCUCGGGCUCAUCCUUUUUAAAACAAAUCUUACUGCAAUGAAGUGAAAUUAAAGAGCAAAAAAGUGCAGAAAAACAUACAGAUUUGCAAGUGCGUUACAUGAAAGCGAACGAUGAGGCAGCAUCGAAUUUGGAGCCGAUUAGCACGAAUAAAGCGGACAAAAAUGAAGAACAUGAGGAUUCCAUUGAUCCCAACACAAAACCAAUGGGUGAUGUAACAGAAAUUCAAGAAAAAAUUCAUCCAAUCUCAGAAAUUCCACCAACUUUACACGAACGAUUUAUGAGAAUUAAACAAAUGGUAAAAGAUGCUAUAGCUGCACACCAUACAUUUAUGGUUUAUGGAAGAGCUCGAGUGAUUCGUGAAUGCAUGUUAAAACGAGGAUGGUGUGAAAAAUUCUAUAGAAAGAAUAGCGCUGGCGACCAACAUUAUAACGCGGAUGCAAGUCCUAUAGUACUUCUAGCUGGCAUUGGGGACCUGAAGGAUCAACAAAGUGAACGCCUGUUAAUUUCCAAAAUGUUAACUAAUCAUACUGUGGACUUUCUCUGGAAUACCGGAUCGGAAUGGCCCGGUUGGCCAGCACAAGAUAACAAAACGACGAUUUUUAACAGAUAUUAUCGAGCAGGAUUUACCUCGAAGGUGGGCUUAUGCUCGAACGUCAGACAAAUGCACUGGUAUUACGAAGCUGGAGUGGCGAACACCCUUUUUCCACGUUGCUAUAAUUUAUGCCAAGGGGAUCAGAUGCACGCUUUCAUAGAAGAUUUUCGAUUCACGGCAUGUUUAAAUUUAUUAAAAUGGUUAGUUAACAAGAUAAAUAUUGAAGGUGAAAAUGCAGUUAGAUCACCAACUGGCACUGUACCUUUGAAGGCAUUAGAAUUCGCGAUUAAACGAGGCAGUGAUUACAUUAGCGCACAAUCGCACGAAGAUAUCGAUCAAGAAGUCGAAAGGAUUUGGGCGCAUCAAUGGGACCAAUUUAUCAGCUGGUACUAUCAAAUCGUUCACGGUCAAUCUCUCUUCAUUCGAAACAAUGUUCCAUUUCAAAAAUUCUUCCUGGCGUCGAAGCAUAUUCUAAAGAAGAUGAAGAAAUAUUGGCCACAAAUCGACAUGGAUGGUAUAAUGAACGUGUGGAUUAUGAAACCGGGAAAUAAAAGUCGAGGCCGAGGAAUCGUUCUCUUAAAUAAACUAGAAGAUGUUAUGGCGAAAAUGAAUCCAUCGACUAAAUCAGAUACUCGUUAUGUCAUACAGAAAUAUAUUGAACGACCAUUAUUGAUACAUAAUACUAAAUUUGAUAUCAGACAGUGGUUUAUCAUUACUUGCUCCCAGCCUCUAACUCUGUGGAUAUACAGAGAAAGUUAUCUACGAUUCUGCUCCCAGAAAUUCAGUCUGACGGACUUCCACGAGUCGAUUCAUUUGUGCAAUCACGCGAUUCAAUGCAAGUACACAAAUUGCGGCGAUAGAAAUCCUGCGUUGCCUUCAGAUAAUAUGUGGGAUGCUACGACCUUCAAAGAAUUUCUCAAAUCUCAGGGACACGACAAAGCGUGGGAUGAUAUAAUUUAUCCUGGGAUGAAGCAAGGUUUAGUCGGUUCUCUAUUAGCCAGUCAAGAGGCCAUGGAUCGUCGAAAAAAUAGUUUUGAACUUUAUGGCGCAGACUUUAUGGUUAUGGAUGAUUUUUCUGUCUGGUUAAUCGAAAUCAAUAGUCAUCCUGAUAUGAGUUACUCGAGUAAAGUUACGACACGGUUGUGCAAGCAAGUUUUAGAAGAUACCAUAAAAGUUGUGAUAGAUUACCGUGAAGACAAGAAUGCGAGUACGGGAGAAUUCGAAUUAGCUUACAAACAAAGAAUGUCCAGUUGUCAACCGUAUUUAGGUGCAGCGUUGUCUCUUCAAGGAACUAGAAUAACCACUGGAAAGAAAUCCACUUCGGCAAACAAUGAAGAUUCAAAAGUUAGUCUUGUUUCAAAGUCCCCGAUGACUUGUUUGACAAAGAAAAAAUCAAUUACACAUAAUCAAAUUGGUCCAGUAAUUGUUGAUUUGAUCGAAGAAUUAGAAAUACAACUUGAUCAGGAAUUUUAUGCUUAUUAUAAAAUGGAUUCGCCCAAAUUAAGACAAGCACUACCUAUGAGUAUACGUCCGAAAUCUUUAAUAACAACUGUGUUAAUUGAUAAGCAGGAAUCGACUAUGAAAAGUGCACCUGUGGUUCGACCGACUUCUAAUACUAAAGCAAAAUUUCCCAUCUUGACACAAGAAAAAAUUGCAAAUCAAAAACACAUAUCACGUUUGUCGAAAAAAUCGCAUACUUUCGCUGGGACCCUUAGCAAUAAAGUGGAAUCUCCUGUGAAGCAAUCGUUGGUUUCUAAAGUUAUGGCUUUUCACAAACAAACUUCGAAUCAAAAAACAAAAUCGAGCCAAAAAAUUGAAAAACCUUUGAAACAAAAUAAUGAUAAGAUUAAAACUGCCGUACAAGAUGUCAUUAAAAAGUACAAAAAAAAUACUACGUCUGUCAUUCCUCCGGAACCACAGACGUUACCAUCUGUUUUAACAACAACGAACAAAGUUAAUCAACCAGUUAUAAAAAAUAAAAAUAAUAAUGUUUCAAAAAAAAGUUCACAUCAAAAUAAAAAUAAAAUUUUGUCUGACAUUACGGAUAUGUAUGCCGUUGGUUUAAGAUUAACUAAUUGAUAGUUAAUCUGCAUAAGCUGCACUUGUUACUUGCGAUCACUGUUGUUUUCUAAGUUCUAUAUUUGAACUGUAUUUGUAAAUGAUCAAUAAAAAAAAACUAUACUAUCAACCGUUAUAAUUUUUCGAUUUUUCACUCUUUGCAUAAAAUAUCGAAACAAAAUCAAAUCGAUUAUAUUUAAUUGAAAAAUCAUGUUUUGACAUAUGCUUAUAAAUUAACCAACAUCAAUGGCAACUUAAAAAAUAAAGCAAAAUUAUAAGUGAAACUAUCAGACAAAUGGAGGCCAUCAUUUUCCAAUUUUUUUUUAAAUUUAAUGCUAAAUUGUAAACAAAUUAAACGAUAUAUGUUCUAUCUGUCCAUACUUGUCACGUGGAAUGGAGUGCGCCGACUUAUCUUGGAAUUCUGGAGAUACUGUAUCCGUGAAGAACACUUUGAAUGACGAUAAAAAUAUCAAUCGUGUCGAUGAAGAUAAUUUUGAAUGCACAUUUUUCCGACAAUCUAAACGCAAAUCUUUGGUAUGAUAUUUUAUAAAGAAUAAUUUUUACAUUUCAUUAAUUAAAUUUAUGCUCUUUUGGCAGCCUACGAACAAUGUUCAACCUCCGUUAAAUGAAAAAUCUAUAUCAUUUUAUUUAUCUGAUACUUGUACCGAUUCGGAGAGUGAGCUUGAUGAAUCGAGAAAAACGCCAUGUGUAGAAACAUUUCAAACGAAUUCUGAGAACCUAAAUCUGAAUAACGAUAAAAUUUUAAAAUCAGAUAAUAAAGUAGUCACUUUACCAAAAGUAACAUUUGAUCAAAAGUUGUACAUUCACUCGGAUCCAAAUCCAAAAUUUUGUACGAAGAAACGAUCUAUGCGUAAAGAAAAUGAAAAAUAUUUCACAAAAGCCGUACGAUUGAAAAAGAAAAAUUGUUUGAAAGAAAAAACUGAUCUGAAAAAUAAAAAGUGUCACACUACAAACAUGAAACUCUAUACAUCGCGAUUCCCUAAGAAACAUAACAAUCAAAUAAUAAUGAAGAAUGAAAUGUUCUUUCAACAAUUUACGAUAAAUAAUAACAAUAGGAAUGUGUAUUCAGAUCAAAAAAAAAGUAUUCUUCGUGGUACUAAGAGAACCUACGAUUCCAUGUAUAUCAUAAAAGAUGAUAUUACUUUCAAGAGGAAAAAAAGUAUCGAAAAUAGAAUCAUGAAGAACAAACUUUUGUUAAAAUCUGUACAAGAUAUAAUUCGUGAAAUGAAUUUACAAGAAGCACAACAAAAAGCAUAUAAAAAGCAAUUGGAGAUGAAAGCAUAUAACAUCAAGCCUGAGAAUAAAAUUGCGGAGAUCGAUUUAACGAAAUUGACGAGAGAGGAAGCGCAAAUUAAGAAACCAAAGAAAGUUAUGAAUAAUUAUGGAAUUAAAAUCGAAAUAAAGAAACCAAUUUUCAAGAAGCCGGAAGUAGAGAAAUUAUUGAACGAAUCUAUGCAUGAAGCUAUAAAAAAAUAUAGAUCGUGUACACAUUCAUGGGAAGAAAAUUGGAAGAAACAAUUCAGAAAAGUUUAAAAAAUAUUUUCUUAUCGUGAAUAUA